ACAAGGUUACUUCUCUUGUACUGCACAGCAUCGAGCCCAAAACAGAAGCUUGGUGUUUUUAUCUGAGCUGCAGGCCAUCCUGGAUUUAGUCUGCCUGGUAGCACAUCCUGUUACGACCACAGACACAGUUUUCUUGUCAGCAUUCCUCUACCCGAGCUCGGUAGCAUAGCAGCACUACGCGACAUCACUUGUCUUCAUCUCGUCAACAACACCAACCUAUCGCGCCUGCCGCCAAUCAUCACGGCUUCAAGUCGGACCCUAUUUCAAUAUGAUGGAAUACGCCCAAUACCAGCCGGCGCAAAACAGCCAUUCUAAUCCACAUAUGCAAACGGCCUACUCCAGCUCUGCAGGUGGAAACAGCAUCACGUCCCCAUCGAGCCAGCAUCUACCCCAAACAUCGCCAAUUCUCCAGACCCAGCAGCAUCAGCCCUCGCCGACUCAAGGUCACAGCAUGUACCAAACUCAGUACGGCGUGCCCCAGCAGAACAUGCACUAUGGCAUGCCCCUACAGGCUGCAGCUCUGGCUGCCACCGCGGCUGCGUCAGGAACCAACUACCCGAACCCAUACAUGGCAGCGGAUCCGAACUUGCAGCAGUCGCCUAGAAUGUCUGGUGUGAACUCUAAGAAGGACGCCAGAGCAGGACCCCGAUCUCCGCAGCAAAUGAACAGCAUACCUCCAGGACAGCGCCGUCUCAGCCAGGUUGCCAGCCCCGGUGUGCCUAAUGCGCAAGCGAUGCUCAGCCACGCCUCUAGGUCUGCCGUUCCGCCACCGAUGACGGCCGCACAGCAAAUGCCUCCCCCUCAGUCCCCAGAAAUGGCUUCCGGAGCCGUGGAAGAGUCUCCUUUGUAUGUCAACGCCAAGCAGUUCCACCGGAUCCUGAAGCGCCGAGUAGCUAGGCAAAAGCUUGAGGAGCAAUUGCGGUUGACGAAUAAGGGACGCAAGCCGUAUCUCCACGAGUCGAGACACAAUCAUGCCAUGCGACGCCCUCGUGGUCCUGGUGGCCGUUUUCUGACGGCCGACGAGGUUGCGCAGAUGGAGCGGGACAAGACCAACGGGGACGUGAAGCAAGAUGGCUCGGAGCAGUCCUCGGUAACAGCGGGAUCGAAAUCGACUGGAGGAACCAAGAGGAAAGCCGAAAGUAAUUCGGGCGGCCCGAACAAGAAGGCGAAGGCCGCUCCCGAAAGUCCAGAGGACGAUGACGCUUCGGACUGAUGCGGUAGCGUGUACUCGGGAAAAGGAGGGACAAUUUAUCGAAUUCUAUACCCAAGUCCAGCUCUCGCUCGAGAGUCGGAUCUCAUGACGUAAUGACACACGGCCAUACUUUUAUUAUCGUCCAUACUCUUAUGUUUUCGUCGCCUGGGCGCAUGAGCAGCAUCGAACGAACGGUUGGCGAGGAGUUCGGGGUGGGCGAUAUUAGGUGGUGGUGAUGGUCGUGGUGUUUGGCUACGAAGGGAAGCUACUCGUCUCCUAGGCUAUACA